AACUACCGACUCGACCCGACCCUAGUCGAACAAUCCCAUUGCCACCUCUACUCGACAAGUCGGUAACUCGGACAACUCGGUAUGGAUUUACGGGUAAAUCUUAACGGUGCGAGCGCGGGAGCUACACAAGUCCAACAAUAAAUCAAACCAAAAAAAAACUGUCUCCCUUACGCGGACUCCCCACGUCAACUGUAUUUUCUCUCUCCUCUGCAACUUCCCCAUUAAGCUUUCUUCUUCCUUUAUAUACCUCACCGUUUCCGCUUUUCAUUCACUUUCUUCUUCAUCAUAACAACAAUGGCGUCUCAAGAACUCCAUAAUCGUCGAUCUUCAUUGUACCCUGAUAUUGAUCAAUCUAACCCCAAUUCUUCUUCCCCUUUUUUGUACAAUCAAACUCCUAACCCUAAUUCUCAAUCUUCUAAUUCUCUUUACCCUACUCUCCAUAUGUCAGAUCUUGUCGAUAAUCUAUUUCCCGAUGAUUAUCGAAACCCUAAUUCUAACCCUAACCCUAACCCUAACCCUGAUUCUGUUCCUGGGACUCCAUCUGCUCCCCCUGAGCUUGAACCCGAACCUGUUGAAGAAACCCUAAUCACUGUUCCUGGUGCUGUUGUUCAUCUAAUUGAUAAGAAGUACAGUGUUGAGCUUGGAAUCGGCGAUUUUACGGUUCGCCGCAUUCGACAAGGGGUAAAUACCGUUGCUGUUUUCGCUUGUGUUUCGGAGGAGGUGCAAUGGCCGUUAGUGAAAGAGGAGGCGAUUGUCAAAGUUGAUGAUUCGCAUUACUUCUUCUCUCUUUCUGAUUCGGAUUCGGGUUCCAAAGAAAGAUCAGAUGAUGUUUUAAAUUAUGGAUUGAGUUUUGCUUCAAAGGGGCAAGAGGGUUUGCUGAAGGAAUUGGAUGCUAUUUUCGAUGGCUUCGGGAAUUUUACGGUGCAGAGCGUGUCGGAGAAGAGUAGGGGAGAUUUGGCGGGAGUGGGUGUUGCUGGUGAGAUUUCGCCGCAGGAAAUGAAGUGUGAUGAGAGUAAGAAAGCGGCAAUGGAGCGGAGUUGUGGGGCGUAUUGGACGACAUUGGCGCCCAAUGUGGAGGAGUAUAGUGGGUCUGCUGCUAAGUUUAUUGCGGCCGGGUCAGGGCAUGUGAUCAAGGGGAUUUUGUGGUGUGGAGAUAUCACUGUUGAUCGGUUGAAAUGGGGGCAUGAGGUGAUGAAGAAGAGGCUUGAUCCUGCUGAGAAGAAGGAGGUUGAUAAGAAUACUUUGAAGAGGAUCAAAAGGGUGAAGAGGAUGACAAAAAUGACCAAGCAGGUGGCAACUGGAGUGCUGUCUGGGGUUGUUAAAGUAUCUGGAUUUUUCACAAGUUCAGUUGCAAACUCAAAAGUAGGAAAGAAAUUCUUCAGCCUAUUGCCCGGAGAAAUGGUCUUGGCCUCUUUGGAUGGAUUCAAUAGAAUCUGUGAUGCCGUUGAAGUAGCUGGAAAAAACGUCAUGUCAACAACAUCUACUGUGACUACUGGACUAGUGACACACAAAUAUGGAGAGGAAGCUGGUAAUGCUACACAUGAAGGGCUCGGUGCAGCUGGGCAUGCCAUUGGUACUGCUUGGACUGUGUUCAAGAUCCGGAAAGCCUUGAAUCCUAAGAGUGUCCUUAAACCUACCACUCUAGCCAAAACUGCUGUUAAAGAAGCUGCUCGUGAAAUGAAAUCUCAAAAGGGCUCGAAAUGAUUCCUGCUUUGCCUGGGAGACCCUUUAUCCACUUAUGUAUGAACUGAGCUGUAUACUUGUAUCUGUAAUUCAGUCCUUGAGUUUUGAAGCUCUGUUUUUGUUAUAAACUAGCUUAUUCUUGUAGCUUUGUAUUCAUGGCUUGAUCCAUUUGUUGUAUAACAGAACGUCAUCUUGAAAUUGGUGCUUGCAAGUGAUUGCUGUAAUUAAAAUUUUACUUGCUGAUUAUCUAUCUUGUAUACGAGGUCCUGCGCUGAGGAAUUAAAUUGGUGCUUGCAAGUGAUUCCUGUAAUUAAAAUUUUACUUGCUGAUUAUUUUUCUUGUAUAUGAGGUCCUGCACUGAGGAA